CUUCCAGGUCAAGCUGUUUGUCCUACUCCUGGGUGCCGAGGAAUAGGCCAUAUCCGUGGUCCACGCUAUGCAGGACAUCACAGUGCUUUUGGCUGCCCUUACUCGGACAUGAACUUGAAAAAGGAGGCAACACUUCAUGAUCGCCUGAGAGAACAAACACAGGCAAAUUUGGAAUCAGACUCCUCGCAUUCAAAAUUGAAAAACCUUUGUAGUUUGAACUUCAGUGGGAAACCUGAAAAUGUGAACAGUGAGCCCAGACUUGUACAGCAGGCAAAGUGUUUGAAAAUCAAAGGAAAAGAAGAUAUUGACUUGGAUAAUCUCUUCAGAGGUUUUCAUCCACUCUAAGCUCUAGCCUCAAGACUCCUCUUUUGCUAGAAUCCUCCAUUCUCCUCUCACCUCCAGGUCUCUACUGAUGCUGCCACUCCUCCCACCACUCCUGCUGUCACAAGCUGAUCAACUCCUGCUAAUUUAGAUUUAGAUCCCAGUGUGAACUGUA